GCGCCGCGUAGCCUGGCCGUGCGCCCCCUGCUGGCCGCGGCGGCGACGACGGCCUCCCUCCUCUGCGCCCCGGCCUCCCUCCUCUGCGCCCCGGCCCCGUGCUUCUGCCGCCGCCGGCUGUGUGGCCUGCUUCUGCCUACUGCCACCGCGGCGUCCCUCCUCUGGCUGAAAUAGAAAUUGGUGUUUGCUUCAAUCCUGGCUUCACCACUGGCUCCCAUCUCAGUAUCCCACUAUGCUCUUCAGUCCAAAACUUCUCUCAUGGCCGUGCCCCAGGCAGUCACAAGCCCAGGCUGCUCUGCUCCGCCGCCUAUUUUGCGCCUUCUACCCAACCAACCUCGACGAUGAUGAUCCCCCGUUUACACGAAUCCCCAAAAGUCCACCUCGAGGUCCAACGCCGCCACUGCCGCUGAAGCCCAAAGACCAGCCUGCCAAGAUCAGCCCCGACGAGCCGGCACACUCCGACCUUCCCUUCGACUUCCAGUACUCGUACUCGGAGACUGACCCGGCUUGGAAGCCCAUUGGAUUCCGCGAGCCGACCCGGUUUUCGCCCUUUGGCCCCGGCCGCCUUGACCGGCCUUGGGACGGCGUCGCCGCCGCCGCGAGCACCGAAGGGAACAGAGAGGAUGUUUAUGGCGGUCUGAGUCGUAGGGAUGAGGUGCUUGGCGAGGCGCUGUCGGAAGCGGAGGUGGCAGAGCUCGUGGAGAGGUACCGGCACAGCGACUGCUCCCGGCAGAUCAAUUUGGGGAAAGAUGGUGUAACUCAUAAUAUGCUCGAUGACAUCCACAACCACUGGAGACGUGCAGAAGCAGUCAGAAUCAAAUGUCUUGGGUCCAAUCUCAGUAUCCCACUAUGCUCUUCAGUCCAAAACUUCUCUCAUGGCCGUGCCCCAGGCAGUCACAAGCCCAGGCUGCUCUGCUCCGCCGCCUAUUUUGCGCCUUCUACCCAACCAACCUCGACGAUGAUGAUCCCCCGUUUACACGAAUCCCCAAAAGUCCACCUCGAGGUCCAACGCCGCCACUGCCGCUGAAGCCCAAAGACCAGCCUGCCAAGAUCAGCCCCGACGAGCCGGCACACUCCGACCUUCCCUUCGACUUCCAGUACUCGUACUCGGAGACUGACCCGGCUUGGAAGCCCAUUGGAUUCCGCGAGCCGACCCGGUUUUCGCCCUUUGGCCCCGGCCGCCUUGACCGGCCUUGGGACGGCGUCGCCGCCGCCGCGAGCACCGAAGGGAACAGAGAGGAUGUUUAUGGCGGUCUGAGUCGUAGGGAUGAGGUGCUUGGCGAGGCGCUGUCGGAAGCGGAGGUGGCAGAGCUCGUGGAGAGGUACCGGCACAGCGACUGCUCCCGGCAGAUCAAUUUGGGGAAAGAUGGUGUAACUCAUAAUAUGCUCGAUGACAUCCACAACCACUGGAGACGUGCAGAAGCAGUCAGAAUCAAAUGUCUUGGGGUUGCAACUCUUGACAUGCACAAUAUAUGCUUCCAUCUUGAGGAUAAAACAGGUGGGAGAAUCAUAUACCGUAGCAUAAAUAUACUCAUCCUAUAUCGUGGCCGGAACUAUGAUCCAAAACAACGGCCUGUCAUACCAUUGAUGUUGUGGAAGCCAUUGGCUCCUAUUUAUCCUAAGGUUGUCCAAAAUGUUGCUGAAGGGUUGACUUUUGAGGAAACAAAAGAAAUGAGAAACAAAGGAUUACAUUCGCCACCGCUUAUGAAACUGACUAGGAAUGGUGUUUAUGUUAAUGUUGUUGACAAAGUGAGAGAGGCCUUUAAGACUUUGGAAGUUGUGAGACUAGAUUGCUCUCAUUGCGGUACUAGUGAUUGCAAAAAAAUUGGUGUGAAGCUGAGGGAUUUGGUUCCAUGCAUCCCUAUACUAUUUAAAGAUGAACAAAUUAUUCUCUGGAGAGGGAAGCAGAGUCAGGAGGACUCUGUUUCAGCUCAUUGUACUUCUCGACCACAGUGAUGCAAGUGCAUGUAAUCUGUAGCUCUGUGCUCACAUUAGCAGCUAGCUGAAGCAGGCCUGCUUUUUGGGUUAUUUAUGUGAGCUGCAUGAGUUGUGUUCACUGGAGAAUACCACCAUCUAUCGUUCGAUUACACCAGUAUAAGGAUCUGCAGUCUACAAGAAAUGAUCUAAUUGUUUGUCAGCAUCUCUUGCUGCUCUUUGAAGUAAUUUUAUCUUGAGAGCAUGUGGACCUUACAAGGUACAACUGGAAAGUGGGUUUCUUUUGGGUGCAUAGAAAGACAAUUUCUAAGAUAUGCAGCAGCAUCUCCUUGCUUCGAAGCGAUUGCUAUGGUCAGCAGUUCUUUUAGCUGAGGGGUUCAUCUUCAGUUUUCGGUCGUCUGGGUUGCGCCCUCCGCAGUUUUGGAAGUGUCAGCUUAUUUCUAUUGCUUAAGCUGCCUGAUCCAGGAUCGAGCAGAUCUGAGUCUCAAAUAAGCUUUUUAGCCGAUGUUGUACGCACUUUUGGUGGAUGAAUUAACACAUAGUACUCGAUAGAUAUAUGUAGAUUUAAGACA